UUUUCACACAGCAGCACCUGCUUCAAGUUCUAGCUACCAGCCUCGCAUUCGCAUUCGUCCUCGUGCGGCACAGCGCGAAGCUAUGUCGUCCUCGUCCGUGCUUCCAAUUCACAAGAAACUGCUCAGUAUCAGCCUGUGCGUGUGCGUGAUCCUCGCCAUCGGCGUCAAGGUUGACGGCAGCGCCGGCACGACCGCCGCCGACCAGUUCGUCUACUCCGGCUUCUCCGGCGCCGACGUCACCCUCGACGGCGCGGCCGCGGUCACGCCGUCCGGCCUGCUCGAGCUCACCAACGGCACGCUCCGGCAGAAGGCGCACGCCAUCCACCCGGCCCCGCUCCGGUUCCGCGAGCCGCGCAACGGCACCGCGAGCGCGAGGUCCUUCUCGACGUCCUUCGUGUUCGGCAUCCUCUGCCCGGACCCUGACGCCUGCGGCCACGGCAUCGUCCUGUUCGUCGCCCCGGGAAGCUACGACCUCUCCGCGGCGUUCCCGAGCCAGUACAUCGGCCUCGUCAACGCCACGACCAACGGCGACAAGGGCGACCACCUCUUCGGCGUCGAGCUCGACACCGACCAGAACAACGAGUUCCGCGACAUCGACGGCAACCACGUCGGCAUCGACGUCGACGGGCUCGUUUCCGUGUCCUCGGCCAGCGCCGGCUACUACGAUGAUCGCGGCGGCGGGGUCUUCCGCAACCUGACGCUUGCCAGCGGCGAGGCGACGCAGGUGUGGGUGGACUACGACGGUGAUCGGAAGCAGAUCGACGUGACCAUGGCUCCCCUGAAAAUGGCCAAACCCAGUAGGCCGCUGCUGUCCACCGCCUAUGACCUCUCCACAGUGCUCACCGACGUGGCGUGCGUGGGCUUCUCGUCGGCGACGGGCUCGUUCAACUCGCGGCACUACGUUCUUGGUUGGAGCUUCGCCAUGGACGGACCUGCUCCAGCCAUUGACAUCUCCAAGUUGCCACGGCUGCCCCGGUUUGGCCCCAAGCACCGUGCCAAACUGGCAGAGAUCGUACCGCCAGUAGCGACCGCAGGAUUCAUCUUAGCUGUGGGUGCCAUUGCUGUUCUGUUGGUGCGGAGACGGCUGCGGUACACCGAACUGCGGGAAGAUUGGGAGGUCGAGUUUGGUCCACAUCGGUUCUCGUACAAGGAUUUGUUCAAUGCAACGGAAGGAUUCAGGAACAAGAACCUACUUGGUGUCGGAGGGUUUGGGAGGGUGUACAAGGGUGUGCUUCCGGUGUCGAAAACGGAGAUCGCCGUCAAGAAAGUGUCGCAUGACUCGAAGCAGGGCGUGAAGGAGUUCAUAGCAGAGGUUGUCAGCAUUGGCCGCUUGCAACACCGUAAUCUUGUGCACUUGCUUGGUUACUGCAGGCGAAAAGGUGAACUCCUCUUGGUCUACGAGUACAUGUCAAAUGGGAGCCUUGAUAAGCACUUGUACGAUGCUAGUGAUGAUGUUCCAAUUCUAGAUUGGGACAAAAGGUUCAUGAUCAUCAAGGGAAUCGCUGCCGGGUUGCUGUAUCUCCAUGAGGAAUGGGAGAAGGUUAUUAUCCACCGUGAUAUCAAGGCAAGCAAUGUGCUGCUUGACAAGGACAUGGAUGGCCGACUUGGUGACUUCGGCCUUGCAAGGUUGUACGACCAUGGUGCCAACCCACACACCACUCAUGUGGUUGGAACCAUAGGGUACUUAGCUCCCGAGCUUGGUCGCACAAGUAAAGCAACCCCUCUGACCGAUGUGUUUGCCUUCGGCGUAUUCAUUCUUGAAGUCACUUGUGGACAAAGACCCAUCAAGCAAACUUCAAAUGGUAACCAACUCUUACUGGUUGAUUGGGUUGUUGACCAUUGGCACAAAGGAUCACUGACCGAUACCGUGGAUGCUAGGCUUCAUGGAAGGUACAACAUUGGUGAGGCAUACCUAGUGCUCAAGAUAGGAUUAUUGUGCUCUCACCCUCUUUCCAGCAUGAGGCCUAGCAUGCACCAGGUAAUGAAGUAUCUAAAUGGAGACAUGCCACCACCGGAGCUGAAUCCGACACUUCAAAACUUUGAAACCCUUGCACUGAUGCAGAAUGAAGGGUUCGACUCGUACAUCAUGUCUUACCCCUCUUCGAUCAUCUCCUUCCUUGUAACCGUCCUCCUCCACUCCCUGAAUCCAGCUCUGGCCGUUAGUGCUGCCACCGGCCAGGACCAGUUCGUCUUCUCUGGCUUCUCCGGCACCACCAACCUCACCCUGGACGGCACGGCCACCGUCACGGCAGACGGCCUCCUCGAGCUCACCAAUGGCUCGGUCCAGCUCAAGGGCCACGCCUUCCACCGGUCCCCGGUGCGCUUCCGCGAGUCGCUCAGCAGCCCGGUGCGGUCCUUCUCGGCUUCCUUCGCGUUCGCCAUCCUCACGACCUACCCGGGGCUCAGCUGCCACGGCAUCGCCUUCACCAUCGCGCCCAGCACGGACUUCUCCUCCGCGCUGGCCGCACAGUACAUGGGGCUCGCCAACAUCGACGACAACGGCAACGCGACGAAUCACUUCUUCGCCGCCGAGAUCGACACGAUGCAGAACGUCGAGUUCCAGGACGUGAACAACAACCACGUCGGCGUCGACAUCAACGGCCUCCGUUCCGUUGCGGCGCACACCGCAGGCUACUACGACGACGACACGAACGGGAGCGGCAGCUUCCAUGACAUGAACUUGAUCAGCGGCGAGGUGAUGCAGGCGUGGGUGGAGUACGAUGGGGAAGCCACACGGAUCAGCGUCACCAUUGCUCCUGUUGGGAUGACCAAACCAGUAAGGCCACUUGUUACAGCAGUAUACAACCUCUCGAAUGUGUUGCUUGAGCCUUCAUACGUUGGCUUCUCAUCUGCGACCGGCCCGAUAAACUCUCACCACUACAUUCUUGGCUGGAGCUUCGGCAUGGGCGGGUUUGCUCCGGCGAUCGACAUCGCCAGGCUGCCAAAGCUACCUCGCCUCACCGCGAAGCCUCGAUCCAAGGUCUUGGAGAUCUCCCUGCCAAUUGCCACCGCAACAUUCAUUGUCGCUCUAGGCACUCUUGUGGUUGUACUCCUGAGAAGAAGAAUGAGGUACGCCGAGCUACGCGAAGAUUGGGAGGUUGACUUCGGACCUCACCGGUUCUCGUUUAAGGAUUUGUUCCAUGCUACCGAUGGAUUCAAGGACAAGAACCUUCUUGGAAAAGGAGGGUUUGGCAGGGUGUAUAGAGGAGUGCUUCCAAAAUCUAAAGUGGAGGUCGCUGUGAAGAGGGUGUCACAUGAGUCGAGGCAGGGGAUGAAGGAGUUUGUCGCUGAGGUUGUUAGUAUUGGCCGCAUCCGACACCGAAACCUUGUGCAAUUACUCGGCUAUUGUCGGAGGAAAGGUGAACUCCUUUUGGUGUAUGACUACAUGCCGAAUGGCAGCCUUGACAAAUACAUACACUGCAAAGGGGAAAGGCCAACGUUGGAUUGGGCUCAGAGGCUUCAUAUCAUCAAAGGUGUCGCAACCGGUUUGCUUUACCUUCACGAGAGGUGGGAUAAAAUUGUGAUUCACCGAGAUAUCAAGGCAAGCAAUGUGCUCCUCGACAAAGAAUUGAAUGGGCGGCUUGGGGACUUUGGCCUGGCAAGGUUAUAUGACCAUGGCACUGAUCCGCAAACCACUCAUAUGGUUGGUACCAUGGGUUACCUUGCUCCAGAGCUACUGCGCACAGGCAAGGCAUCAACUCUCACAGAUGUUUUUGCUUUUGGCAUAUUCAUCCUUGAGGUCACAUGUGGGCAAAGACCAAUCAAGGAAGAUGACCAAGGUGAUGAUCAACUGUUUCUGGUUGAUUGGGUACUUGAUCAUUGGCACAAUGGGACUCUCCUUGAGACGGUGGAUACAAGGUUGCAAGGAAACUAUAACACUGAUGAAGCAUACCUUGUGCUGAAGCUUGGACUGCUCUGCUCGCACCCAUCUGCAUGCGCAAGGCCAAGCAUGCAAAAGGUCUUGGAUUGCCUUGAUGGAGAUGCACCGGUUCCAGAGUUGGCAUCGACACAAUCGAGCCUCAAUAUGCUAGCCCUGUUGCAAAACAAGGGAUUGAAUCCAUAUAUUGUGUCAUGUCCUCCAUCAUCAACGAUGAGCUUCGGAACUAUAUCAGACAUGUCAGGAGGGAGAUGAUAGUCACUUGAAUAUUUUCCUCUUUUUGAGAAAGAACAGCAGGGUUGCUCCUAUUGAUUAAAAAAUAUUCCAUGACAUUGUCUUCCUUGUGGAGUUUCUCCAUGAAAGAAAGAGUCUCCUUGUAACCUAAACAUAGGUUCCACUAACACUCCACGCCGAGCCGGAGGAGUGAUGAGCUUGCCGGCGAGCCAUCAAGACUCCAAUAUUAUGGCGGAUCAAGCUUAUAAUGGUGGUUUACUCCGAUCCUUAAACCAAGAACAAGUUAGAAACACCAUGCAAUCACUCACACUAGGUCUAAUUUAGCACUAAUCACGUGCUAAUUUUAUCGGAUGAUCAAACUGAUCACUUUGCUAGCUUGGAUGUCUUCUCAAUGUGUAUGGACUUCUUAUAUAAUUCUGCAGCUCCAAAAUGAGGGAGCCACCAUACAACCAUAGCUGAACCGCUGCAGCGCUGAUGCUGACAUGAGGGAGGAGUGAGGGGUCUUUGUGCCGCUAAUUAAGCUGGGGCAGCUGCCCCAUGGUGCUGUAUGGGGAGCUCCACCAUUGUUCUUCUGUUCUAUUUUUUAGCACUACAUGAACUAGUUGUAGAUGAUUUUAUAUAACUGAUCCAUGCACGCCCUA